AUGUUGUGCCAUUAUCAAACCUUGUGUGUCAGAUCAUGUGAUGACCCUUAUGUAAUUCUAGGUGUUUCUCCUAGUGCCUCUCAACAACUCAUUCACUCUCGUUUUCUUGAACUGACAAAGCAACACCAUCCCGAUACUCAUCCUGGUGAUUCUCAUUAUGCAAAAAUUACUCGUGCUUACUCUAUCCUUACUGACCCUUCUCGUAAACUCCAGUAUGACUUAUUGAGGUCAUCAAAGCCUAUUCACCUCAACUAUACAUCAAAAAGUAAGUAUAUUAUUGAUGUUGGAAUUGCGUCCUGCCUUCCUUCUAUUCUGACUCCUUCUUCUGUCUCUUCUCCAAUUCUUCCCCCUUCUUGUGCUGGUGUGACUGGUCUUCUUCUUGCCCUCCAUCCUAUUACCCUUUCUUUACUUCGUCGUAAACUUUCAUAUUUCGAUUUCUUCAACCUCUUCGCUUACAACACCUUUGGCUGGUUGGUUCGUCCAAAAAUCGCCUCUCUUUCUAAUCGCUAUCUUAUCACAAAUCUAUUCCCUGAUGUUCUUGUCAUUGAUGAUAAUACCUGCAAAACUGGUAACAAUGACCUCUUAACAUUCGACAAUGCUGCAAACUUCAAUGGCGUCCUCAGUGGCUCAAUCUCCCACCACCCACACUUUCUCUUUGACUUCAACACUAUCAACCUCUCCCCACCAUCUUGUUCCUUCUCUUGGAUUAAACUCAAAGUUUACCCAUUUACACUUAACUUCUUUUCUUAUGAUGGUUUUCUUCUUGGCUGUGUUUUCUCUUUCAACUUCUUUGGCUUCUCUUCUUUCUUCUCUCUCUUUAAUACUACUGACCACAACAAAAUCCUUCUUUCUCUUACUGCUGCUCUUUCUCAUCUCUUCUAA